GGCAUGACACAACUUUGGUUUCAUCGCCUCUGGAUUUCACCACUGACCGUCACUUGUCAACAUGUCAUGUUUCAGCACUCAGGCUGCGCUCGUCUUGGUCUUCACUGGAGGGUGGUGCAUGUGUGCAGCUGAUGUUGGGGAUUUCACUCCAUGUCUGCAGUUCUUCUAUAAGUCGUGGCCUCCUAAAGGUCUGACUGGGACGCCUAUCUGCCAGCGUUUUAACAAUCAGUACCGCUUUGCCACGCUGUACAGUCGACCGCGCCGCUCCCCAUGGUUCUCGGCCUAUUUGUACUCUGUCCCAGAGGGAAGGAGACCCACCGCGUGUUGGAAGUUUGAACCACAGUUAGCCUACCCAGGAGCUGAUGGAAACAUGAUCCCGUUCCCUCCAGGCCCUGUAGACCAGAACGUGGUGGAGAGCCAGGGGGUGGAGCUGGACUACACUAACUCCACCUAUUCUCGUGGCCACUUGGACCCCAGCCUCCACCACCAGAGCCACGAGGACCGCUCCGCCACCUUCACCCUCACCAACGUGGUUCCCCAGAAGGCCGGCUCUAAUGACGGGCCCUGGGAGGACCUGGAGCAGACCAUCAACAAAACCUUAUCGGCCUACUGUCUUGGAGAGGCUUACGUAGUUACUGGUAUCAUCCCUUACCAGAGCGACGAACACUGGCUCAAGAAUCACCGCGUGGCUGUGCCUGAGUACAUGUGGUCUGCCUACUGCUGUCCAAACUACAACAACAGUCUUCCAGAAGAACUGAAGGAUGCUUUUCCCACGUACGCAGCUAUCGGCCGCAACGACCGCAACAGCACGGAGGAGAUUGUGCCGGUGAGCCAGACGGCAAAGAAACAGUUCAGAGGAUACGAUGUGAGACAGAUGCCACUGGAUACACUUGAGAUGUAUCUGAGGGACAGGUUCGGGACGGUUGUCAGUGUUUUCUAUGAGCAGUGCUCCGGGUCGGACUGAUCCUGCAGGUCUGAGGCACAAAGCCUAUUUGGUUAAGUCUGGGAAAGACUGUGGUGGUCAUGGUUAAAGGAAACCAACCCUGACUUUAAAAUACUGUGAUGUGUUUGUUUCCCUUUAAAGACGAGAAGAAGAAGAAAGGAAGAAUUAAUUAUUUUGACAGUUAAUGGACUGACAAAUCUGCUGAUUUAUUGCUGCAUAAAAAGCCUCUUAUAAAGGUUUCAUUGAUCAAGACAGUGAUUCUUAUGUUGCUGGGGGGUUUUAACCACUGAUGUGCGACGUUUGCCCUGAAUUUAUUUUGGGGCUAAUAACAAACAAAUGAAGCUUGUUUUAAAGGAAGAGUUUGACUUUUUAUUUUCUUGCCAUGAGUCAACAAGAAGACGGAUAUUAUCUGUCUGUUAAAUAUAAAGGUGAAGCCAAAAGGCAGUUAGCUUAGCUUAGCAUAAAGACCACAGCCUGGCCCCUCCCAUAAAACCCCAGGUUUCGUAUGGAUUAAACACACACACAAAUACAGCUUGUUUUAGAGGAAGAGUUUGACUUUUUGGAGAAAAAAAAGGUGUUUAUUUUCCUGCUGAGAGUCACAUCUGUCCAAAAAAUAUACAUUUGAAGACAUGACACUGUUAGCUUAGCAUAGCUUAGCAUUAAGGCCCGAGCCUGGCCCCCGCCAUAACUUGUUGUUGUUUUUACACCUCAGUUUUCAUACAGAGUAAACACACACAAACAAAGUUUUUUUAAGCGUCAAAGGGAAGAUUGAUACCAUCUGUCUGGUUAAUACAAAGGUGGAGCCAUAAGGUAGUUAGCUUAGCUUAGCAUAAGGACCAUUGCCGGGCCCCUGCCGUAAAACAGUAAGCCUACCUACUUGUUUUUAAGGAAGAGUCUGACUUAUUUUCUUGCUGAGAGUCAAAGAGAAGACUGUUAAAUAUGAAGGUUGAGCCAUGAGAUGAGAUGAGCUUAGCUUAGCAUAAAGACCAUUGCCUGGCCCCUCCCAUUAAACCCCAGGUUUCGUAUGGAUUAAACACACACAAACAAAUACAGCUUGUUUUUAAGGAAGAGUUUGACUUUUUAUUUUCUUGCCGUGAGUCAGCGGGAAAAUUGAUACCAUCUGUCUGGUAAAUACAAAGGUGGUUGGCUUAGCUUAGCAUAAAGACCAUAGCCUGGCUGCUACCAUUAACAGUUAGCCUACUGGUUGUUUUUACACCUCAGGUUUCGUUAGGAUUAAACACACAAAUACAGCUUGUUUUAAAGGAAGAGUAUGAAUUUUGGAGAAAAAAAGGUAUUUAUUUUCUUGCAGAGAGUCAGAUUUGUCCAUUAAAUAUAGAUUUGGGGACAUGAGACUGUUAUCUUAGCUUAGCUUAGCUUAGCUUAGUAUAAAGACCAUAGCCUGGCCCCUGACAUAAGACCUCAGGUUUCGUUGAGAUGAAACGCACAAACAGCUUGUUUUAAAGGAAGAGUUUGACUUUUUGGAACAUCAUAUCUGUCCAUUAAAUAUAAAUUUACACCUGUUCCCUGUGGAAUGUUCCAACAGGUGUUUUUUGAGCAUUCAACAACUCUGUCACAACUUUUUUGGAAUGUGUCGCAGCAUAAAAUUCAGAAUAAGUGUAUAUUUUACAAAAACAAAUAAAGUUUGAACAUUAAAUA